AUGUUAAGCGAAAUUUUGAAUCAAGCCUGUGUCUCCUGCAAGGAUUCCUGUCAAUGCGGUAGCAGUUGCUGUGACAACUGCACUAAAUGCCCAUGCUCUAAUAAACCCCAAUGUCAGAGCUGUGGUACAAAUUGUACCUGCACCAAUGGAAAGAGCUGUGGCUGUCACUAA